AAUCCAAAUUCCGGAACCCUCCAAAGCUUUUAUAAAUAAAAGUGGAGUGAGAGAGGUGUUUUAGGGCGACUCUGAGUCUGGAAGGAGGAGGAAGAGGAAAAUGGCGUUAGCGUUCGACGAGUUCGGGAGACCAUUCAUAAUACUAAAGGAGCAAGAACAGAAGAGCAGAUUAAGAGGUUUGGAUGCGCAGAAAGCUAACAUUUCCGCUGGAAAAGCGGUGGCUCGCAUCCUCCGCACCUCUCUUGGCCCCAAGGGCAUGGACAAGAUGCUUCAGAGUCCUGACGGCGAUGUCACCAUCACCAAUGAUGGCGCGACAAUAUUGGAGCAGAUGGAUGUUGACAAUCAAAUUGCAAAACUGGUGGUUGAGUUAUCUCGGAGCCAGGAUUAUGAAAUUGGUGAUGGUACAACUGGAGUUGUUGUUAUGGCUGGUGCACUUCUAGAGCAGGCUGAACGGCUACUUGAACGAGGUAUUCAUCCUAUUCGGAUUUCAGAGGGCUAUGAAAUGGCUUCUAGGAUUGCUGUUGAACAUUUGGAGCAUAUUGCUCAAAAGUUUGAUUUUGGCGUAACAAAUAUAGAACCUUUGGUUCAAACCUGCAUGACUACUCUAUCAUCAAAGAUUGUGAAUCGAUGCAAGCGCAGUUUGGCUGAGAUUGCUGUCAAAGCUGUGAUGUCAGUUGCUGAUUUAGAGAGAAAGGAUGUUAACUUAGAUUUAAUUAAAGUAGAGGGAAAAGUGGGGGGAAAGUUGGAAGAUACUGAGCUAAUCUAUGGAAUCCUUGUAGACAAGGAUAUGAGCCAUCCACAAAUGCCAAAGCAAAUUGAAGAUGCAAAGAUAGCUAUAUUAACUUGUCCCUUUGAGCCACCUAAGCCAAAAACUAAGCAUAAGGUUGACAUUGAUACUGUAGAAAAAUUCCAGACUUUACGUCAACAAGAGCAGAAGUACUUUGAUGACAUGGUUCAAAAAUGCAAGGAUGUUGGUGCUACCUUGGUUAUCUGUCAAUGGGGGUUUGAUGAUGAAGCAAACCAUUUGUUGUUGCACAGGAACUUGCCUGCUGUCCGAUGGGUUGGUGGUGUAGAGUUAGAGUUGAUAGCUAUAGCAACAGGUGGAAGAAUUGUGCCAAGGUUCCAAGAAUUGACACAAGAAAAGCUGGGGAAGGCUGGUUUGGUUCGUGAAAAAUCAUUUGGUACCACUAAAGAUCGAAUGCUGUAUAUUGAACACUGUGCAAAUUCAAGGGCUGUAACUAUAUUUAUUCGUGGUGGUAACAAAAUGAUGAUAGAGGAGACAAAGCGUAGCAUCCAUGAUGCGUUGUGUGUGGCUAGAAACCUCAUUCGCAGCAAUUCUAUUGUGUAUGGUGGUGGCUCUGCUGAGAUUUCUUGCUCAAUUGCUGUAGAGGCAGCUGCUGAUAGAUAUCCAGGAGUUGAGCAGUAUGCUAUCAGAGCAUUUGGAGAUGCUUUGGAUUCAAUCCCCAUGGCGCUUGCUGAGAAUAGUGGCCUCCAACCCAUUGAAACACUAUCAGCAGUGAAGUCUCAGCAAAUUAAGGAGGACAAUCCCUAUUGUGGGAUAGACUGCAAUGAUGUUGGCACAAAUGACAUGCAAGAGCAAAAUGUCUUUGAGACUCUGAUUGGGAAGCAGCAGCAGAUCUUGCUAGCAACACAAGUUGUCAAGAUGAUUCUAAAGAUCGAUGAUGUCAUCAGCCCCUCUGAAUACUGAUAUAUCAGGUACUUGAUUGUACUUCUUUCUAAUAUUUGCUUCACCCAUAUUGGUGCUUGUAGUAUUAUGUUGGCUUGGGAUGGCAUUCCAUAUCACUCAAGAGACCAUAUAUUCACUGGACAGAUAAGUUGUUACUUGUUGCUUACAAAUUUUGGACCUGCUGCAUUGGGUUUUGUAGUCUGUCCUGUUUUGUGGUUAAUAUAUUCUUGAUUUUGUUUUUCCUAUUGAA